AUUCCCAAUUGCCAAACACCCCCUUAAUUUUUUUCAAAGAUGCCGGGAUUGCCGUUUUAUUGCUUACCUCAAAAAAUAGUGAAGGCGGGGAGAAAUUGAAUUCGUUCAAUGGUGUCAAAUUCAAUAUAUUCAUCAUCAUUCAUUUUUUUGCAGUUUAAUUUUUCGUAAUUACUUCGUAGUAUAAUUAAUUUGAAACGUUUAGCUCGUAAGGUAGAAAAAUGGAGAAGUCAGUUGAAACUGCAAUUCCUGGAACCAGACACUCCAAUUUGAAGAAAUCGUUCAAGCAUUGCUUAGGUUUUCUGCUAACGGCUUUUCCUUUCGAGGAUUUCUGUAGAGCAUUUCCAAGGUUCACAGGAGCAGAACACGAUCGACUUUAUCAGCGAUAUAUUCAGGUCAUUACAUCACUACAUGAAUAUAUGCAGGAUGAGUUCGAUUUAAUAUGUCAUGAAACACAGGUGGGUACCACUUUGGACACUGUUGAGCACCUUGUGGAGCAGCAAAAUCUGGAUCCUUUAUUUUCAAAGAAAACGAAUUUAGUUCAUCUCAAGCAUGAUCUUUUAGCUACAAAGGAGAAUGAGGUCCAGGCAUUGGAGGAGUUGCUAGAUAAGGUUGAAGAUCAGAAACAUAAAGUCAAAGCGCAGAUCAAACUUCUCAAAAAGAAACAUGAAGCGUCUGAUGACACAUCAGGCCCUACAGAAACUAUAGAAAAGUUGAGAUCUAUGAUGGUUAGCUAUGGGAGUUACUGUGACAAAGGGAAUUCUGAUCAUAGAUGAGGCAUUUCAAGUAGGCAUGUCUAACUGGCACAAACGUGAAGCAAUGAUCAGAGAAGAUUGAUUACUAUUUGAACAUUUACAUGUUCUACUCACUCCUAUGAUAUUUGUAUGUUAUGACGUAAUGAAUUCCUUAUACAAAGUAUAUCCUAAUAUCCAUGCAUUGUCUUUUAAUCAAAUCUUCUAUAUUUUCUGAUAAAUAUAUGCAGACUGAUCUUUCAAUAGAAUAUA